AUAUGGAUGAGGAGGCAUCAAAAAAAAAAAAAAAUCGCCGAUCCCGUCUUUGCCCUUCUCCAUCGCCCAGAUUUUCCCCAUUGGACCCCUCCUCGUCCUUCUUCCUUACCCGCCAAAUCCUUUUUCUUUGAAUCCGUUUUACUAUAGAUGAAAUGGCAAAUCACCAGCUGAUGAUGAUGAUGGCGGAUGAGAACCCCGAGAUAUCGUCUUUUAGACAGGAGGAGCAUUUUGUAGAACCUAUACAGAACAAUCAACUGCUUCCUCCUCCUUCUGCUCAUGGCUACAAAUUUGAUUUCCAACCGCUACAGGCAACUGACCUACACAUAGGUGUUUCACGUGAGCAAAACGAGGUCUGGAACCAAAACUCAACAACAACUCACUGUGAUGAAGAAGAACAGUCUCUGGAAGGUAAAGCUGAGGUUGUAUCUCAGGAGAUCCGAGACGGAAGCUACGACAAUGCUACUUACGACAUCUCAUUCCCUGAUAACGAUGGUGAAGACGACUCUGAAGAAGCUUCGGAGAAUGAUAAACUAGCUUUAGCAGUAGUUUCCGAGGAUCUCAACGAUAGCUUACAGUUAGGUGUUGGUCACUGCAUGAAUACUGAUUUGGACAUUAGCCUUUCUCAGCAGCAGCUAGAGUUGGCUCCUCCUAGUACUCAGUGCAGGUCUCUUGUCACAGCUUCUCCUCCUAUUGUUCAGUGCCGGUCUCUCGUCGCAGCUCCUGACCACGACUUGGUCGUCGGUAUGGAGUUUUCUGAUGUUCUUUCUUGUAGGAGAGCGUUGAGAGACGCAGCGAUCGCCUCGCGGUUCGAGAUGCAGACGGUUAAGUCCGACAAAACUCGCUUCACUGCAAAGUGCGCUAGUGCGGGCUGCCCUUGGAGGAUUCACUGCGCCAGGCUUCCCGGUGUGCAGACUUUUUCGAUAAGGACUAUCCACGGGAGCCACACGUGCGAUGGUAUCUUACACCUCGGUCACCACCAGGCUUCGGUUCAGUGGGUUGCUGAGGCUGUGAAGCAGACGCUGAGAGAAAACCCACAUUGCAAACCUAAGGAGAUACUAGAGGAGAUUCAUCAGGUCCAUGGGAUUACGCUGUCCUACAAGCAAGCGUGGAGAGGGAAAGAGCGUGUGAUGGCUAAUGUCCGAGGUUCUUUCGAAGAAGAGUACCGUCUUCUUCCUCAGUACUGCGUUGAAGUCAGAAGAGCGAACCCUGGGAGCAUCGCUGUGGUUAACGGACACCCUGAUGAUGGGAGCUUCCAACAGCUGUUCAUCUCUUUCCAGGCAUCGAUCUCUGGUUUCCUUAACGCUUGUCGGCCUCUCAUUGCAUUGGAAAAAAUCGUUUUGAAGAGCAAGUAUCUAGGGACGCUGCUGCUCGCCACUGCGUUUGAUGGAGAUGGAGCAAUGUUUCCUUUGGCCUUCGCGAUCGUUGGCGAGGAGAAUGAUGGUAGCUGGAACUGGUUCCUCUCUGAGCUGCGUCAGCUGCUCGAAGUGAACAACGAGAACAUGCCGAAACUGACGAUUUUGUCUAAUAGAGAGCCGCUCAUUGUUGGUGGAGUGGAGGUUAAUUUCCCAACGGCGUUUCAUGGCUUCUGUAUCCAUCAUCUCGCGGAAUCUUUUCUUAAGGAGUUCAACAACGACUCUGUUCUUGUGAACCUCUUUUGGGAAGCAGCGAAAUGCACCACCGAGUUUGAGUUUCACGCAAAAGUUCAGGAGAUGUUUCAGAUGUCCCAAGAAGCUGCCAUGUGGGUCAGUAACAUCCCUCCCUUUUUAUGGACCACUUUCUGCUUUGAAGGAGCGAGGUUCGGACAUCUGAAUGCAAACGUUGCCGAGUCGAUCAACGGUUGGGUUCAAGAAGCUUCGGGUCUUCCUAUAAUCCAGAUGAUGGAGUGCAUCCGUCGCCAGUUGAUGACUUUGUUCAGUGAACGCCGUGAAACAAGCGUGCAGUGGUCAAGUAUACUAGUUCCAUCUGCUGAGAGGCAAGUCGUCGAGGCUAUAGAACUAGCCCAGGCGUACCAAGUCCACAAAGCAAACGAGGCACAGUUCGAGGUCAUGACCGGUGAAGCAACAUUGUUAGUUGAUAUUAAAUGCCGUUCAUGUAUGUGCCGCGGAUGGGAUGUACACGGUUUGCCUUGUAGCCACGCAGCUGCGGCGCUCCUCUCUUGCAGACAGAACGUUUACAGGUUCGCGGAGAGUUGCUUCACUGCUGCAAAUUACAGGAGAACUUACGCAGAAACCAUACAUCCAGUUCCAGACAAGACCAUGUGGAAGAAAACAGAAGCUGAGAGAGAAAGUGGUGAGGAUGGUGAUGAGGUUAAGAUAACACCACCGAGGGUGUUAAGACAGCAGCCGCGGCCAAGGAAGAGGAGAGUCCAAGGAGAGGACCGUGGGCGUCAAAAGCGGGCGGUUCGAUGUAGUCGGUGUAAUCAGCCUGGCCAUUUCAGAACAACUUGCACAGCUCCUACAUAAAAGAAAAAAGCCUAUGAUCUCUCUUUUAGACCUUUUUUGUUUUUGAAAUUUAGGUUUAGAACAUUCUUUGCAAAGCCUUUCUCUUAAACUCAAAUUUUCAGAUAUCUAACAACGGUGAUAUUUUACCUAAACAUCUUUAAGAGUCGAUUUAUAUAUUUUCUUAUGUUAUA